AUGCAGGACCCAAGCUUCGGCGUGCCGCAGUUCCUGCUGCCGCACGUCCACCUCAUCUCCUCCUUCCGCUACCCGACCCUUGCCCACAUAUCGGUCGAUCAGGCCGUGGAGUUCCUGCUCCAAGCGCCCAAGGUCGUCAAGGACAUGGCUCCCAUGGCAUGGCAGUACUUUCAAAACCCGCCCAACGAUGGCACCGUCUUCCUUGAGUGGCAACCGGUCAACCAACGGUCCAACGCAUAUGCCAGCGAUGGCUACAUAUGGGCGGACCCGGAGUCGAGCUUCACCUACGAGUCGCAGCGCGGAUAUACUGUAGAAAUCCUCGUUCGCCGCAGCGGUUACCGCCCGGGAUUCGAGCCAGUCACUUCCCACCAGAGACAUCGCUACCGUAUCAUCUCGAGGAACCCUGCGUCGCAAGGCCCGAUCCCUGACCAGGCCCUGUUCCUCGUCCACUACUCUGCCGCCGAGCCGCAAGCUCGCGUGCCGGCAAACCGCAUACCUAUCAACGCCGAGAUGCAGAAGAUGAUGCAAGAGCGCCGUUUCUUAGAGAGCCAGGGUCAAUUGAUGGAGAGGAAAUUUAUGCUUCACGACAGGCACAAUUGGCCCAACAUCAGUUUUCCGGGCACCGGGCAGAUGCAGCAAGGCCACGUUCCGCCCGGGGGCAUGUAUCCCGGCCACCCGAUGCAGGCGGCUGCUGGCGGAUUCAGACAACCUCAAUUCUACCCCCCGGGCCAAGCUUCUGCGAUCGGUCCUUCGCCCGCGAAGAGGCCUCGCAACGGCGCACCGCCGCAUCUGCCGGGUAACGUUCCGGCUGGCAUGCCUGCGGCAGCCGUCGGUAUGCCGCACGACACGACUAUCGAAGAAGAGGAAAAUACCGCGAUCGGGGAUCUGCUCGACAACCUCACGCCGCGAGACAUCAGCACCAUGCGGUACAUUCAGCACCACGAAUGGAUGGAAGAAGUAUUCUCGUCUCCCUUUGCCGCGGGACAGAUAAUGCCGGUGGACCUGGGAUUGGGCCUCAUGGGAGAGCUUUCGCACUUGACAGAGGGGCUUUUCGACGCACCCGGCGCUUCCUCGCUGCCGGGCGGUCCGAAGCCCCCGGCGGCACCGAAGGCGUAUCAGAAGCUGAGCAAAGAGAAGUACGCGGAUUUUGAGGACCGGGUCAAAAAGUUCUUGAAAGACGAAGAAGCAGAGUUGGAGAAGAUGAGGGCCGAGCACGAAAAGAAGAUGGCCGAGCUCACGAAGAGUAAGACUUACGUCGAGGCCGAAAGGCGGUUGAGGGACGCAGCGUUCGCCGAUGCUCGGGCUGCCCGGGAAAAAGCAGAGAACGAGUCUGGUUCCCCAGAGUCGGAGGGAGAGGAGACCACUGGCCAGGUCGAUGAAGUCGUAGCAGACGUCGAGAAGACUCUGGGCAUCACAAUCGCCCCUCGCAAGAACGUCAACUGCGUCGAGAAGGGUGGGUUGGUCGAGGAACCGCUGGCUCCCGCCGCGACAAACGGCAGCGAGGCGAACGGCGCCGAGAACGCGGCCAACAUUGGGGAGUCCAAUGGCUCGCUCGAAGAUUCGGCGAUGGACGGUGAUAAUACCGCCGCUGGGCUGCUCGAGCAGUACACUUCAAACUCAUUGGUGUCGACGCCGGGAGGCAGCUCGUUGCAAGUGCCUCCCGUCUCUCAGCCGGACAGCCAAGGUCAAUCGGCCAACGCCACGCCCGGUGGCACGGCGCAGCCUGGCCAAGCGCAAGGCCAGAAUCAAUCCACCGUCCCCGCACAAAGCGACAAUUCCAAUGGGGACAAUGGUAUGGACCUAAUCGAAGGCAUGGAUCUGGACAUCGACAUGUCAGGAAUGGGCGGUGAGGGCACGACGGACAAAGCGGCCGAUGAUUGGGUCAUGGUGGGCUCGAACAGCAUGAAUGAUUCGGAUCUCGGAGGCGAGACCGGUCAAGCCAAGGACGGGUCCGCUGGUGGAACAGGAACCAUCGACACACCCGACCUCACCACGACGAGCGCCCAGGGGCAGGAUGGCACAACAACAUCAGCCCCGGCAUCCGCAGCCGGUAAUACACCUGGCAUGUUCGACGCGACGGAUUUCAGCGCCUUUGACACUGCUGGCGAUGCUCUGGCAGACUAUACUGGUGGCGACGACCUUGAUCUGGGACUCGAAGGCGAUGCCUUUGGUGAUGCGUUCCACGGAACAGAAACGCGAAAUGAUGUCGAUGACGAUGGUGCGAACUCGUAA